UGGCAUUGGCCGGGAAACUGAUGGCACCAAGCCGCUGCCAGGAAUGUUGUGCCGUAUUGCUUUUUCAUUUUCUGGUAUCCUGAAGUCCUGAAGUGCCCAAUUGAAAAUUGCCCAGAUGUCUAUCUUGCUACAAAAUGGGGGACGUUGAAAAGGGAAAGAAGAUCUUUGUCCAGAAGUGCGCACAGUGCCACACAGUCGAAAAGACUGGAAAACAUAAGACUGGGCCGAACCUGUGGGGCCUCUUCGGCCGUAAAACUGGACAAGCCCCAGGAUUUUCUUACACUGAUGCAAACAAAAGCAAAGGCAUUGUCUGGGGAGAAGAUACCCUGUUUGAAUAUUUGGAGAACCCAAAGAAAUAUAUUCCUGGAACCAAAAUGAUUUUUGCUGGCAUUAAAAAGAAGAAUGAGCGCACAGAUCUGAUAGCCUAUCUAAAGAAGUCCACGUCAGAGUGAUCCGCAGCACAGGACUGUGUUUUAAUGAAUGGACCUUCAGCUGGAUUCCACUCGGGCUUGUGUUAUGUGUGCAUCUUACUAACCAGAGACUCCAAUAAACAGGAAUGUUGGCAGGGCUAUGCAUGGACAUUACCUGUGGUGGUUUAUUUAUUCAUAAUUACAAAGAAAAUAAUGCAAACUCUUUAGAUGGAUGUAGCAUUGUGUACUGCAAACAGCCUGAGCUUAACCUGAUCCACUUCUCUGUGCUUAUAGUGGCCCCUGGUCUCACUUCUGUGGGUUUAAUUAUUUAUUAUAUGGCAUUCUAUAAUGGAGUGAGUGAAAUCACAUUGUUUUUGUAAAGUUACAGAACUUGUGCAUUUGCAGUACCCUGUGCUACGUCUGUGUAUGACUUUUAGGGGCUUUGCUGUUAAUGGUAGAGUAAUACUAUUAGAAGGCAUACUACUAAACAGAUGCAGCUAUACUUUUAUUCCCGUUAUAUUAAAGUCUAAAAGGAGCAGCAGUAAUAUAAAAGGGCUGUAUUUACACUUCAGAAUAACAUACCUUGCUUUUUUUAUUUUUAUCUGUGCUUUCAGUGGAGUGGUUCCCAAACGAUAGGGCUGUCUGGAGCAGCGGCCCAGCAUAAGGUUAUUAGGGUCAGAUUUGCAGAGCAUGUCAGGUUGUUAUCCUAUAUAUGCCUGCAAGCCCUAAGGGUUGAACACUUAUUUGCUGCACUUGAUAUUACUGAUAAAGCCAUGCAUUUACAUAUAUGUCUGUAACGCUGUUAUUAGCUAAGGCUGGGUGGGCUGCCUAAAGGAUGACCUCCAUGUCAGUAAACAGAUUUGCAGCAAUAAAGCCAGCCAGUAAGAUCCUGUAGAGUUACUCAGCCCAUUUUGCCUAGCAGAUAAUAGGUGAAAAUGGUGAUAAAUUUGUGUCAAAUAAUAUUAUUGUUCUCUUUACAUCUGUGGCAAAAGGAGCUAAUACAUAAUAAGACAAUGCCAGUUAUCAUUGAAUUUGCAUAUUAAAGAUAGAUAACCCUAUGUUAAUCUUUCAAUAUAUAUUCAUAAGGUUUUUUUUUUUGUUUUUUUUUUACUUUUUGGUGUUACUGUCCUAUUAAGAACUACUGACACAUGGGUUUCUGUUGCAACAAUGAAUAUCUCAACAUUUGUCAUUGGUGUAGAGCAUAAAAUGUAGCACAAAUUAAAGCUGUGGUCAUUUUUACAAACCACUUUUUGUACUGU